CACAAUCACUGCCAUGCGGUUGGAAAUACACAAACAUCCGAAACAAUCCAGACUCAAGGUGCCAGGAAGGGGCUUCGGUUGAAAUCAUGGGUCCGGAACAGCCACUUCCACUACCUGCCGAAUUUGACAACGUCGACACCUAUGUCGCGUCGCUUCUGCAGUUCAGCACUUCUUCAUGGCUCCUACAAACGCUAUGUGGAGGUGUCCACGUGCUCGAUUUCUACACACGCACGCCGGAUCUCUAUUCCACGAUAUUGCCGCAACCAUGGAGGGACUGGUUCAAACACCGAGACAUCAUGGAUGUCCUAGAUUUGCUCAUGCGCGAAGAUCUGACUCAAUUUGACGACCAAACUUCAACCUGGCGAAACGGUCCAAGUCCACCAAAAGACUUAGUGCAGUAUAUCAAGGAUGUACGAAAGCAUUUGCUUGCUCGCGAUUUCCCUUCGUCGGGCUCCGCACCGCAGCCUGAGAAGACAGCCUUGUCAAGACAUAUCACCAUGGGCAUGAAGGUCAAAAAAGUACACGAGGUUGACAACUUUGCACGCUACCUCAACCAACUGACAUCUGAUAUUGAAACAUCUGGUAAGGCGCCCAUCACUCAUCUAGUAGAUUUCGGUUCUGGCCAAAACUAUCUUGGCCGUGCACUUGCUGCUCAGCCCUACUCUAAGCACAUCGUGGCCGUCGAGAGCAGACCACACAAUAUCGAGGGUGCGAAGAACAUGGAUGUUCUUGCCAAGCUGGUGGAAAAACCUCUCGUUAUGAGGAACAAGAAGGAAUAUCGAGCGUUGACCGGCAAGGGCAAGAAGAAGAAACCAGAAGCUGCCCGCCUCAGCACCUCUCCAGCAGCCAUCAAGACUGAGCCGGUCGGUACCGCACAUACCCCGACUCUGCCUGACGUUAGAACCACCACGAUCCCCGAUACUUCUGAGAAAGCUCCUAACGUCCACACAAAUACCUCUGUUGCUGUGAAUUGCGACAGUGGGGAAUGCAAUGUCGAGCACUCACAGCCGUCGGACAAACAGAAUAGCCCAGAGAGAGAAGGGACUGUCCAGCGCGACUCGAAGGGGAGCUUUGUCAAGGAGUCCAAACCCAGUACUACCAAUCUCCAGAUCUACUCAGAAGGUCAUGGUAGCGUACAAUAUGUGGAACACAUCAUUAAGGAUGGUGAUCUGCGUCCUGUAAUCGAUCAAGUCCUUGAUUCUUCGCUUGUUUCAGAAGAAAAUACCACAUCAACCUCCACAACCACUGAGAUGCCAUCAGACCUGACGAAGGUGCCCAAACCGACGAAAGUCAACGCCAUGGUCAUGUCCCUGCAUUCUUGUGGCAAUCUCGUUCACUACGGACUCCGCUCCCUCUUGUUAAGUCCAGAGAUAUCCUCAGUAGCAAUGGUAGGCUGUUGCUACAAUCUUGUCACAGAACGUCUCGGCCCUCCGACAUACAAGCUUCCAACGCUACGACCCAAUCAUCCUCGUUUAGAGGCAACCGCAAACGCCUUCGACCCCCAAGGCUUCCCCAUGUCUGAGAAGCUUGCCGAAUAUCCUAUCCCGCAGCCACCCACGUUGAGUGCUCCGUCCCCUGAUGUAGCUACCGAGUCCACUGGCGCCAAAGGUCUGCGCCUAAACAUAACUGCGCGCAUGAUGGCUGUGCAGGCACCAUUCAACUGGGGCCGAGCCGAUAGCGAGACAUUCUUCAGUCGUCACUUUUUCCGAGCCCUGCUACAGCGUAUCUUCCUCGACCGCGGCAUCGUGUCGGCGCCGGUUGACGCAAGCAACUUCCCUGAUCCCGUUUCAGCAAACGGGCAUACGAGUCACGUCAACUGGACGCCGCCUAACGGUCGCGGGCCCGGCCUGAGCUCGGACGGUACAAGCACACCAUUGACGAUUGGCACGCUGCGCAAGUUUGCCUAUGGCGAUUUUGUGUCUUACGUCCGCGCCGCCGAGGCCAAAUUGACAGCGCCCAAUUCCUUCUGCGAAGUUGAUCCGAACUUCAUCAAGAGCAAGAUGGACGGCUUGACCGACGAUGACAUUCGCGAUUACGAGGCCAGGUUCUAUGAGCGCAAGAAAGAGCUGAGUGUCAUGUGGAGCUUAAUGGCAUUCAGUGCGGGGGUUGUCGAGGCUGUGAUUGUAACAGACCGGUGGUUGUGGUUGAAGGAGCAGUCAGUAGUUGAGCAUGCAUGGGUCGAGCCAGUGUUUGAGUAUAAGCAUAGUCCUCGGAACCUGGUCAUUGUAGGGAUCAAAAAGUGAAAGAUCGGCUGGUUAGGCACUAAGAUAUUUGAAUUGCAUGAUUUGUGUUGUGGGAUAGGGUGUCACAAGUGUUGACACGCCCCCAUUGCGCGACUGAAUCUACGAGCUGCC